GAUAUAAUCAUCUUUCACAUUGCCAAAGAAAAAACCGAAUUACAGAGCAUCAUCACUUCUCAAGUGGGAAGCAAGCAAGUAAAGAGCAUCAGAGACUGGUUAGAGAUCUUGAAAACCUUCUCUCGAGUAAAUUGUAUUUCUGCUCCACCUGAGUCGCAAUGGAGUACCGGAAAAUCAAGGAUCAGGAUAAAGAUGGGGAUCCUGUUGAAGAUGAUAUAGAGAACUCACAUGGAAAGCCUCAUUCAGGUGGACCUGUCAAUAGUGUAGCCACCUUGGGCUUGAGCAACCGCUCCAAAUGGAAGCUCAAGUCGAUUGUUACAAUUACAUUAACUGUGCUUACGAGUUCACAGGGAAUAUUGAUUGUCUGGUCUAAAAGAGCUGGAAAGUAUGAGUACAGUGUAACAACUGCAAAUUUCUUGGUGGAGACUUUAAAAUGUGCACUGUCACUUGCAGCCCUAGUAAGAAUCUGGAGACGUGAGGGUGUUACUGAAGAUAACAAGCUGAGUACAUCAUUCGACGAGGUUUCUGUUUACCCUAUUCCUGCAGCACUCUACCUUAUUAAGAACUUACUUCAGUAUUAUAUUUUUGCAUAUGUGGAUGCUCCUGGUUACCAAAUACUGAAGAACUUGAAUCUUAUCAGUACUGGAGUGUUAUACCGCAUCAUUCUAAAGAAAAAGUUAAGUGAGAUUCAGUGGGCAGCUUUUAUUUUGCUAUGUGCAGGAUGCACUACUGCACAACUUGAUUCUUCUUCUGAUCGUGUUCUUCAAACUCCUUUUCAAGGUUGGAUAAUGGCCAUUAUCAUGGCACUUCUAAGUGGCUUUGCAGGUGUCUACACAGAGGCUAUAAUAAAAAAACGUCCAUCACGAAAUAUAAAUGUACAGAACUUCUGGUUAUAUAUCUUUGGGAUGGCCUUCAACGCUAUUGCUAUUUUCACUCAGGAUUUUGAUGCAGUCAUCAACAAGGGAUUCUUUCAUGGUUACUCAUUGAUUACUACUCUCAUGAUUCUCAACCAUGCACUCAGUGGUAUUGCUGUAUCGAUGGUGAUGAAGUAUGCUGAUAAUAUUGUGAAGGUUUAUUCUACCUCUGUGGCGAUGCUACUCACUGCUUUUGUAUCUAUAUUUCUCUUUGGGUUUCAUCUCUCCCUUGCCUUUUUCCUCGGGUCAAU